UGCUAAUUUAGUUUCCACACGCAGAGAGAGAAACAAAGAGAGAGAGAGAUGGGAGGGAGGGUUUGUGGCAGAUAAACUGAUAGAAAACUUUCGAACCUCUCUUAUUUAACUUUUACUACUCUCUACGUUUUUCUCUUCCUUUUGUGGUGCCGCCUCCAACUGAAAGUCUUCUAAAAUAUAUUCUCAAUUAUUGUAGCUCUCUUCGGGAGAAGUCUUAUCUCACGCCAAUCUUACUAUGAGGCAUGAGGAGAAUUACUUAGACCUCAACAAUCUUCCAGAUGAUUCUUCUAAAGAUGGCAAUAAGCAAGCCCUCGAGGAAGGUUCUUCCUCUGGUCAAAGAAAGAAGAAAGGUAGUAAAGAUAGGAAAGAUGAGAGUGGGAAGGUGUACGAAUGUCGAUUUUGUUCACUCAAGUUCUGCAAAUCCCAAGCUCUUGGUGGCCACAUGAAUCGCCACCGACAAGAGAGGGAGACCGAGACAUUGAAUCAAGCUCGUCAAUUGGUCUACCGUAACGAUACCAUAACCCCACCUGGAAUUUCACCUUUCGGCUAUCACACUACAGAUCCAACAAUAUACCGGUCGGUUUACUCAUCACCAAUGCUAUACCCCGGAAGCUCCUCAACAAACUUGGUUCCACAACCGCCCAUGCCGCCGCCGCCGCCGCCAUAUCCAUACUCUUCAAACCAAUACUCUCCUCACAACCACUUCAACGACUACUACUUAAACCCAUCUUUCCGAGCGAGCAGAAGCAUCUCUCCAAACCCUAACCUCCCCGCCGCAACCACUGUUAAUUACAUGGCCGAUAGUCCUGUGGAACCGAGCUGCUACACUUGUGUAGGUGCACCCGUUGGUCCGACCGGUUUCCCUAGCCGUGACUCCGCCAGCGUCCGUGCGCCGCUCGAACCGCCACAAGGUCGUGAUAGUGACGCUUCACGGCAGCGUUUGGAUCAGUCUCUUAGGUUCCCCAUCAAUCGGUUCCAAGAUCAUCACUCGCUCUGAAAUAUUAAAAUAGAUUCCCUCUGCUUUUCUUUUUCUUUAUCUUCUUUUGUUAUUUUGGGUAUUUUUCUUCUUCUCUUAAUUUGUUAACUUUGUUGGUUCUAUGUAAAAGUGGGAUCAAGAAUUGUCUAAACGUUAUAUGGAUCCUACAUGUGUUAUUACCAUA